CAGAGAUGUGCUAGAAUGUAAGACGAAAAGCACUAGAAGAAGUCUCUGGUGGUCUAGAUCUGGGAACGGCGCGGGGAACUAUGCAGACCUGACGGGGCAUGGACUUAGCUUCUUGUAUGUCUUCCUUAAUCUGUACUGAUGGCACUGUUCAAAGAAGAGAUGUGGGUGCCACCAGUGGCGCAGAGGCGAUCAUUCAGUGUGCCCAUCCAGAUUACCCUACAAGGGAGUCGCAGGCGUUACAUAAGGGAAGCCUUUUCUCCUGUACCUGGCAAGGCAAAAAGAAAAGAGAGCAACAGCGAAGGGGUGAGAGCAGCAGAUAAAGUGAAGAAACAGGUAUCCAAUGCUGGAGAAGACAGGGCCAUGCUGUUGGGGUUCACCAUGAUGGGGAUGUCUGUCCUCAUGUUCUUUUUGCUUGGGAUUGCAAUUUUGAAGCCAUUCAUGCUCAGUGUCUGGAAUGAAGAGGCAAACUGCACAAUUAUCCAAACCGAUAUCAUGGAUGACUGGAUAGACUGUUCAUUCACAUGUGGUGUUGACUGCCACGGACAAUCCAAGUAUCCCUGUCUCCAGAUACUGGUUAAUGUGUCUGGUUCUGACUAUGUUGCUGCUCUGCAUUACAAUGAAGAAGCUGUGCAGAUAAACCCCAAAUGCUUUUAUGUCCCUAAGUGCCAACGAGACAAAAAUGAUUUGCUGGACGGGGUGCUUGAUGUGAAACAGUAUUUUGAGCGGAAGAAUGACACCCCUUUUGCAUGUUUCCAUCGACCUGACAACAAACCAGAAGAUGUCAUACUUAUUAAAAAGUAUGACCGGACUGUGGUCUUUCACUGCCUGUUUUGGCCAACAUUAAUGCUUAUAGGAGGAGCUGCCAUAGUUGGAAUGGUUAAAUUGACACAACACUUAUCCCUAAUGUGUAUGCUGUAUUGUAAUUCCCCAAGAGAAGAACCUGGAAGCAUGACACCACGGGCAGACUCUCAGCAGAGCAGAACCAGAAAAGAUGAUAAAACUUUAAGGUGGAGAUCAAAUUCCCACACUACAAACACAAUUUAACCCCCUGGAGGACAAAAAGUACACGAUUACUCUAUAAAGAGUCUAAUACGACAGAAAGAAUUGUAGCAGAUCCUGAAAGUAAAGAUAUGUUUUUUAGAUGUAAAUUUAUUUUUCUAGAAUGAAAUAGUGUUGUGAAAAUGUAUUUAGUAUUUACACUGUUUACAAUAAACACAAUGAG